UCAUUCGGCUUCGAAGCAAUAGCAACCAAAAGCCAACAGCUACAAAACUCAUACAACAGACAGUCAAGUGUUGGCAACAUAUAGAAGUGCACGCAUUGUCGAAACUCUAAGCCAAGUAAUAAAAUUUAGUAUAUACUUAUAUCGAAAGCAAAGAUUGUUUCACAACGCAGUUGCUAGCGUCAAGCAACAAAAACAAAUUUUCGGUGUACGUGUCAAAAAUUAACAGCAACCUGGAAUAAGAUAGUCAAGUGCGAAAGUUCGAGACACCACUUCCAGUAAUUAAGUAAUUCAAAACAAACAAACAAAGUCAUUGUGAUGGAGAAAUCGGGACAACCCGGCAACUAUCCGCGCUUACCAGCCGAGAUGCAAGAAGCCACACAUAGCGGCUACACCGAACAAGCGCCAGCCGCGCCGCCAUCCUACGAUCAAGCUACCCAUACAUCACCUUAUGCGCCAGUACAAGUGUUGCCCACACCCGGUGGCGUCGAUGCCAUGGGUCGCCCGCAGGCGCAACCGCAACAACAGUAUAACAACACAAAAAGCACAGGCGCAGCAACAGCAGCUGGAGGAGUAGGCACUCAAUACAACUAUGGCGGCAACACACAAUAUGGAGCAACAAAUAUGGGAGGCGGUAUACCGCCACCACAUCACACGUACAUGUCCAAUGCGUCAACCGCAGCGCCACCAAUGGUACAACAACCAGUUGUGAUAAUACAACAACAUGCCAUUUUGCCCUUGGGACCGGAACCAACGAUUGUGACGUGUCCAGCAUGUCACAUCACAAAGCUGACACGCAUCGACUUUGAACCAAGUGCUAGGACACAUUUAAUGGCAGCAAUACUGUGUAUAGUUGGCUUAUGGUGUUGCGUCUGUUUGCCCUACUGUGCGGAGAGUUGCAUGAAUACAAACCAUUAUUGUGGUAAUUGCAAUAAAUUCCUGGGCACAUACAAUGGCGGCGCAUUCUAACGGGAGGUAAAGUAGCACAGCAACGGCUGACCUUCAACAAUCGCCACCAUUUUUUAAUUUUAUAUUUUCAUCGUAGAUAUUUUUAAUCAAUGAAUCUUUAAUUUCUCUUACUAUGGGCAUGCACGAAGGUGUGCACACACAUAUGUAUGUAUAUAUGAACAAUAAAAACAACGAAAACAUGAAAAAAA